CACCUAAACAAAUCAAAAUGAUUGGAACAUUUUGUUUUGUCCGAUUAUCUCAAGAAUCCCACGACACACUAGAAAAGAAGAAAAAUGUGUAACAGAUAUUGAUAAUCAAAGAUGACUCAAAAUUUCUUCACAGAAAUCAAGAUUCCUCAGCAGAAAAUCUUUGAUGGGCUUGUUUUUCCCAAAGUAUUAUCUCCCGGCUCGAGAAAUUCAGUAGAAUUUCAUAGUUUUACUGACGCCAUUAAAGAUCAAAAGCCAUGGCUAGACUCUGUUCUGCAUCAACACGGCGCUAUUCUUUUUAGGGGUUUUUCAGUACCCACUGCUGCUGACUUCAACGACGUCGUUGACGCGUUUGGAUACGAGGAAUUGCCGUAUGUGGGCGGCGCUGCUCCGAGGACUAACGUUGUUGGCCGAGUUUUCACUGCCAAUGAAUCCCCGCCAGACCAAAAAAUCCCUUUCCAUCACGAGAUGGCUCAGGUUCCCGAGUAUCCUUCCAAACUGUUUUUCUUUUGUGAAGUGGAGCCUGUUAAUGGGGGAGAAACCCCUAUUGUUCUAAGUCAUGUUGUCUAUGAGAAGAUGAAAGAGAAUUACCUGGACUUUGUUCAAAAAUUGGAAGAGCAUGGAUUAAUAUAUACUCGAGUACUGGGAGAAGAGGACGACCCUUCAUCCCCAAUUGGCCGUGGGUGGAAGUCGACGUUCUUGACUAAAGAGAAGAGUGUGGCCGAGGAAAGGGCUGCUAAGUUAAACAUGAAGCUGGAAUGGACGGAGGAUGGAGUGAAAACCAUAAUGGGCCCUAUCCCAGCAAUUAAAUUCGACAAAACAAGACAGCGCAAGAUUUGGUUCAACAGCAUGGUUGCUGCUUAUACCGGCUGGGAAGAUGCACGAAAUGAUCCGGUCAAGGCAGUCACUUUUGGGGAUGGAAAACCAUUACCAUCUCAUAUUAUCUACGACUGUCUAAGAAUCUUAGAAGACGAAAGUGUUGUCAUACCAUGGAAGGAAGGAGAUGUGUUAUUGAUCGAUAAUUUGGCUGUUCUUCACUCUCGAAGGCCAUUCUCUUCUCCUCGACGCGUCUUGGCUUCACUUUGCAAGUAAGAGAAGUUCUCUGGCAAUAGCUUGCUGAAUCUUUGUAUCUAAAUAACGCUUUCUAAGUCUUAAUUAUAAUAAUUUUUCCUUCAGUUCUGUUCAAGCACAAUUAUCAUAUGCCGUGGAAAAAUAUUUGACCUGUACCCCGUAUAUAUGAAAUAAAAGUUUCUGUAUGUGGUGCGAGGCUUGAGGUUUUCAU